CAUUUUUCACUACAUAUCACUUUUCAAUAUUAAAAUGAAUGUUAUUCGUAUUAUUUCCUUGCAGACAAUUAAUUAGAAAAGCAAAGAAUAACAUAAAAAAUACACCGUACAUACCUGAGUUCUUUAAUUUCAUCGGUUCUAUUGAAGACUGUUUGCCUACUUACUGCUAGUAACCUCUAGGGGCUAUGCUAGCUUCACCGAACCUGAGGUAUUGAGAACUGAUGACUUUCAUUCACAAUUAGAACUCAUGGCUACGAUAACGUCGAACCACCAAAGGUUCAGCACCGCUGAUUCCCCACUAGAGGUGAUGGAUUCUCGCGAAGAGGCAGCUGCGUUGCAUGAAAGAUUCGUUGAAUAUGUUCACACCCUUAGUGACCCAAAUGAAAUUCGAACAGGGGUAUGGAUGGAGCAUUCCUAUGCACGAGCACGAGGCACGAUUCCACAAGCAGUAACAGAAUCUCGUGUACUACUCGCAUCAUUGACAUCCCGUGUUGAAGAUGAACUAGAUGUGGAACGUUUAGAUCCUGUGCUACCAGAAUUACCGGAUGAUCCUUGUGAUGAAAAUUUGGAUGAACAAGAUCCUGCUGUGGAGGAUGAUUGGGAAGCAGGCAUCAUUGCCCUUGCCCCGACCCCCGCUCACGCCGGCCUCGCAGAAUGUGCCAUUGAAAUACUUCGCGAACUACGGCUCGCAAGCCUUGCGGGUAAUUCCCGUCGAGAGGCAGCGAGAACGGCGGCUAGAAAAUUACGGGUUGCUUUCGCUCCACUGUGGGCUACUCCGGUAUCGCCGGCGGGACGAGCCCCCCCUUGGCUACACGCCGCUAUACUGGCACAUAUGCCGCGGUCGCAGCGGCGGCAGUAUGAUGAGGUAAUAGAGGAAUUCCGCCGGGCGGCCCCGAAGCUUGCCGAACGGUUGGGAGCGGCCCGAGCGGCUGGUCAAGGGCGACCACUCACUGGUAUCGGGCCGGCGCUGGGUCCGGGCCCAGGUCCCUGGCUCGCGUGGGUGGGGUCGGACCGCUGGACGCGACGGCUGGCGGCACUGGUGCACACCCGCGUGCUGCCACUGACCGCGCCGGUGUCGGCCCCGGAUGCGUGGUGCGCUGCAGCAGUAAGCGCCGCGCGGUCUGCACUAAGCGAGGUAAUGUCGGCGGCGGGGGACCGGCCCGUGUUUCUGGGGGGCUCGAGUGCGGGAGCGGCCGCUUGCGUGGCUCUAGCGACGGGAUCGGGAGGUAUGCGGCUGCGUGGGUUGUUGUUGCUGGCGCCUAUGCUCAUCACCGCAGAGGGCUCACGCGACAAUCCUGAAGACCCGCUGCAUGAGGUGCGCGUGCCGAUGCUGGUGGUGUGCGGGGGCGCGCGGGCGGUGGUGCGCGCGGUGUGUGCGCGGGCGGGGCGGCGCGCGGUGGAGGUGCGGGGGGCGGGGCGCAGUCUGCGGCUGCCGGCGCCGCGCCGCGCCAAGUACAAGCUGCACCAGCGGGCGCUCGACGCAGCCAUUGCGGAAGAGUGCGCGCGGUGGAUGUCGGAAACGAUUGAAACUGCACAAGAGGAGCCGGUCCGCGAAAAACAUCGAAUGAAACGUGGUAUUGAGAUGGAUGACGAUGAAUACGCCCAUCUUCCCACCACUUCGUCCUCGGCAACUCUUCGUACGACCGUACACAGCAACACUCGUUCAAUAGAAAUUAUAGACGGUCGCGUGGUGUCCCGCAGCGCGUUGACCCCCCCAACUCCCCCUCCCGCCGCUGCCGGCUCGACCCCCCUCGCCGCCCCCGUCCCGCCCCUAGUCCCGCGCCGCGCCGCCCCCACCGCCGCCGACAUCAUGCAGAUGCCGAUCGUGUUUGCCGACGACGACACCCACUCUCAAUCAACAACAGAGGUGAAGUCAAGUGAGUCCGCCGUCGUGAGGGUGCGGGGCGGAGUUGCCAGGAGGUAUCGCCGCGUCAUCGUCGCCAAACGUCCCGUCGCAAACAGACCUCUGCUAAUAAGGCCUAACACUCCACGAUGAUGGGCACAAAAAGAGAAGGAUGGAGGCUCCGAAUAUAAACAUUCUGAAUCGGUUUUCAAUGUGAUUUUAUAAACAAACAAAAAAAAUUCAAGCGAUGUCAAUUUGUAUAUAGAAAGCAAAUGUUUCUAUUAGUUUGAGAUGUGGAUUUGACAAUAAAAUGUUGAUGAAGUCUGUUCAUAGAAUUAAGGUAAAUUAAU